AUGGCGUUGGCCAUUUUGGACACGAUGGACAUCCACGAGAUUCAGCCAGAUGUCGUCACAGUCAAUGCUGCAAUCUCCGCGUGUGAGAAGGCUACAGAGUGGCCAACUGCUUUGGAGCUGUCCCUCUCCCUGGACAAGCUGCAGCUGGACGCUGAUGUCAUCACUUUCAGCGCCUUGAUCAGCGCCUGCGGGAAGGGAGGCCUUUGGGAAGAUGCCCUGGCCGUUUUGGACACGAUGCCAAAGAGGCGCGCAGCACGCAACUUGAUCGCGACCAGCGCAGCUUUAAGCGCCUGCGGCAUCGCUGGGAAGUGGCGUGAAGCAGUCGUCUUGUUGGAGGAACUGCUGCUCCGGCGCGCCGCGGACGUCAUCGUCUACAGCUCCGCUGUCAGCGCCUGCGAACGAGCGGCAGAGUGGAGGAAGGCUUUGGAGCUGAUUGGAGACAUGGCAUCCAGGAAGUUGGAAGCCGACAUUUUCUCCUACAAUGCCGCGAUCAGCGCCUGCGACAAGGCCGAACGCUGGACAGAGGCCUUGACGCUGUUGGCGGCCGUGCGAAAAACAGCGCUGCCAGUGGAUGUGGUGACCUUAGCAUCCGCCAUGAACGCCUGCAGAAGCGCCAGCGCAUGGCAACAGAGCCUGGCCCUGUUCGAAGACCUGGGGAAGUUCCGGGUGGAGGCCAACACGGUGGUAAUUGGCUCAGCCCUGGGAAGCUGCGCUCGAGGGAGGAAGUGGUCUGCUGCGUUGCAUCUCUUGUCGAAAGCUGAAGCACAGCUGGUUGAACUCAGCAGGGUGGCCUUGAGUGCUGCGGUGAACGCCUGCGAAGUUGGGGGUGCCUGGAGGCAUACCUUGGAGCUUUUGGCCAGGGAUGAGGACCCAGACCUGAUUACGUGUAGCUCCGCGAUGCGCGCCUGCACCUUGGCUCUUCAGUGGAGCCAGGCUUUGAGUCUGCUGCAGGACGCGACGAUUUCCACGAGG